AUGAAUGCAAGAGAUUAGUUGAUAUAUUCAUACUUGGAAAUUUGAAGAACCUUCAGAUUCUUAGUAUGAAGAACUUUGGAGGAACCACUCUUCAAAAAGAAAUGCCGCAAGAAAUAGGAUACUUGACUAAUCUUAAGAUGUUGGACGUCACAGAUGCAUGUUUUGAAACAGUUCCCCCUAAAUUGAUAUCCAACUUGAAUGGAUUAGAAGAAUUGUACAUGAAAUGUGACUUUUGCGACUGGGGCUGUAGAACAGAAGAGGGUGGUUUGUUUUCUUUUGUUUUUCCCAAUAAUGCUAGCUUUGAUGAGAUAACAGGGUUAUCACGUUUAAACAGUUUGAAAGUUCAGAUAUAUGAUGUAAAAUGCUUGCCUCCACUGGUUGGGUUCAGUCCCAAUUGGGUCAACUUCGAUAUCUGUAUCAGCACAAAAGAAUUUAUGAAACAGUCCUAUUACGGACGCUUUUUCGAGAGGAAACUAACUGUCAAGAUGGAUGCACAACGUCAUUUCUCUCGGUAUUUGACUCUAAACACAAGCAUGAGAAAUUUACCAGACUGGUUUAUCAAUGUAGUGACAGAGAAAGCAGAGAUACUAGAGUACAUAGGGUACAGGGGAUUAGAGAACAUUCUUGUGGAAUAUCACCAUGGGAGAUUACAUGAGCUAAAGUACCUUGGUGUCAUUGAGUGCGAGGUGGUUGGAGAGUUGAUGAACUCCCAAACAACAUGGGUUCCGAAUAGACCUGUGUUUGAGAGCUUGGAAGAGUUGUAUCUAGAAGGAGUCGAUGGCCUGAAAGAGUUAUGUGUUGGUGAGUUACCAGCUGGGUCUCUGGGAAAUCUUAAGUUGUUAAGUGUGAGAAAUUGCCCGCAUCUUUUAAAUGCACUCUUACCAUCACAUCUGUUGCCCAGCCUACAAAAUCUGGAGAUACUACAUUGUGAGUACACAAAGGAUGCGAGAGGAACCGCAUAUGUGUUUGGAUUUGAAUACAGGUUGACAGAAAAAAUCGUCUUACCGAAAUUGAGACAGAUAACAUUAUGUUAUCUUGUGAACCUACAAAGCAUAUCCUAUGGUUAUACUCCUAGUGGAGUCUUCCGUAAUCUCAACAGUUUGGCAAUUCAUGGGAGCCAGAAAUUGAAAUAUCUGUUGACGUACGAAGUAGCUAUAUCUCUUUUCCAAUUGGAACUCCUCUGGGUGGAGGAGUGUUCCGACAUGGAAACAGUUAUUCAAUUAGGCUCGAAUACAAAUGGAAGCAGAAUAGUUUUUCCAAAAUUGAAGGAAAUGUAUUUGAAUAGUCUUCCACGGCUCACAUGGAUCUACAAUUGGGAUACCGUUCAGUGCCCUUCAUUGGAACACUUGUAUGUGUGCAAGUGCCCCAGACUUGUAGACCAUGCUGCUGCUUUCCAAAGCAGAAACUACGUCAAAACAAAUGAUGAAGGGCAUUUUGCGAUUAUAUUUGAGAGAUUGUUCCACCGCCAAUUCAACCCAGAAGAGAUUCCUCAGUUCUUCUCCAAAAAAGAAAGUGAUUUCUCAACAGGCUCUUCAUUGAAGGCUGAUCCAGGCUCUUCAUUGAAGGCGGAUCCAAUGCAAGGCUCACCUAGGCUUUGGGUUAAGCCCAGGUGAGAAUUUCAGGUAAAAAACAAAAAAACUUGUGUAGAUUAUUGUAAGCAUAGACAUUAUGUAGAGAUAAGAGUCUUCAAUGUAAUGCGCAACAUACAUUAUGUAGAUUAUUUUAAGCAUAGACAAUUUCUUUUGAUACGGUAAACUUCAUGUAAUUAAUUAAGAACUUCUAGAUGUUCUUGUGGUGAUAAGUAUCCUCAUUCC